ACAAUGAAGAGAGAUUGACGAUGUACACGACAUGAGCGAAAACUUUGUUGUGAGAGAAUUGCUCGACAGCAGUGUUGCGAUAGAAUUAUGUGACAACAACAUUGAGGAGGAAUCUAGCCACGACGAUGAUGAGGAGGACGAAUCGAGCGACGACGAUGAAGAGGAGGAGGAAUUGAGCGAGGAUGAGGAUGAGGAAGACACCGACUCUGAGGAUGAUGAAAAAAAUGACGAGUCAGAAAUUAAUGUCGAUAUGUUCAAAAAAAGUCGAUCUGGAAAACUUUUAGGAGAAGCGAAGCAGAUAGUAGCACAGAAGGUGAGAAGAGGAUUGUACAACAAAUCAAGCAAGAGUGAGAAACCUUCUUACAUUUUGGGAAAGCGCGACAGGAACGUAUGCGUGUACAAUAAGAAAACUAACUACCACGUGAAUAUGACGAAUGUCGAAGUGAUUCUCAAGGAAGAUUGCCGCAAGUCCAAAUGUUACAAGAAGUUCACGGCAGAAGAUGUUUUCUACAAGCGAAAAGAAUUUUAGGCGAUGAAACAACCUGAGCAAGUCAACUUUCUUCUCGGAGAGAUGAGGGUUGCGUCGUAUUUUUCGGAUGAUGGAGAUUUAGAGGUGUUAAGAGUGACAUUCAACGGCAUAAAGGUUUGCACAAAAGCGUGGGGAAAGUUGUACGGAUGCUCGACUACAUGUGUUGCAAAGCUGCGCAAAGACUUAAGAGACGGACUAGUGUUGUACGAGCAUGCAAACAAGGGAUCAGUCGGAUUAUCUGCUUCAUCACAACAAAUUCUGGCCUGGUUG